AUGGACGACCUCCUCUUGUCCCCUUCUUCCCCUUCCUCCCUCCUCUCCUUCUCUCAUUCUCCCCCUCCUCCCCCUCCGUCCUCCCCCCCUCUUCAAAACAAGCUUCAAUUCUUGCUUCAGGCCCAGCCCCGCUCCUGGCUCUACGCCAUUUUCUGGCAGACCUCCCACGACGACCGCGGCCGCCCCCGCUUGUCCUGGGCCCACGGUCACUUCCAUGGCUCUGAUCAUCGUCCCCGUCAUAACAACUUCAUCAAGGGUCUUGAAUCUCUCGUCGACGACAACCUCAACGACGCCGAGUGGUUCUACGUCAUGUCCCUCACUCGCACUUUCUCCCUCGCUCCUGAUUCCUCCUCCUCCUCCCUCCCUGCCAAGGCUUUUUCCUCUGCUUCUUCUCUUUGGUUGAAUAUCACCCCCCACGAGCUUCAGUUCCACAACUGUGACAGGGCCAAAGAAGCUUCCCUGCAUGGGGUUCGGACCCUGAUCUGUGUUCCCGUCGUUCACGGAGUUCUCGAGAUGGGUUCCUCUGAAAUCAUCCCAAAGAACUCGAGUCUCAUCCAGCAAGUUAAGUCUCUGUACGGCUCGUCGGAUCUCGCCCCCAUCAUCUCACCAUCUAUCAAGCAGCAGCCCGAACAAGUCGAUUUCUUGGACGUUGACGAGACCAUUUCUUUUGCCGACAUUGGCAUUAUCGCCGGCGCGCCAGAAGCAGAAGAUAAGAAGGUACCGGUCAAUUCCUGCAGUAAACCCCGAAAGAAGGAUCCCCGUCUCCAGCUCAGGUCGUACGUGGAUUCAGAGCAGUCCCAUUCGGAUUCCGACGGCCCGAUAAUAGAGAAAGCACCGCCCAAGAAGAGAGGGAGAAAGCCCGGGCUGGGUCGCGAAACGCCGUUGAACCACGUGGAAGCCGAGCGGCAGCGGCGGGAGAAGCUGAACCACCGGUUCUACGCGCUGCGCGCCGUGGUCCCGCACGUGACGAGGAUGGACAAGGCCUCUCUGUUAUCAGACGCCGUCUCUUACAUCAACGAGCUCAAAGGCAAGAUCGAGAAACUGGAGUCGCAGCUUCAGAGGGAGCCCGCCAGCAUGAAUAGCUGCAGGAAGGUGAAGCUCGAAACGGCGGACACGGUGGAGUCGACGGUGGAGCAGGCCGGCCCCAGCGGGCGGGGCUUCAGGCUGGGGCUGGGGCUGGGGCUGGGUGGGCUGGAGGUGGAUGUCAGGAUCAUGGGGCCGGACGCGAUGGUGAGAGUUCAGUCGGAGAACAGGAACCAUCCCGGAGCGAGGCUGAUGGAUGCGCUGCGAGACUUGGAGCUCAGGGUGCACCACGCGAGCAUGUCUUGCGUCAACGAGGUCAUGCUUCAAGACGUCGUCGUUAAGAUCCCUCAAGGCCUGAGAAACGACGAGGGCCUGAUCAAAUCUGCUAUUCUCAGGAGACUGGAUCAGUAGCUAGGUUCAAUUACUCCCGACCGGGCUAUCUCUUAUAUAAUUAAGUUGCCAGAUGAUGAUGUUCAUAUCUGUUGUUUCUUUUUUUUUUUCCCAGAAAAAUUAAUUAAUUAAUUAAUUGAUAUGUACUUUCUGUAAGAACAAGGUCUGAUACAUGAAGGAGGGUGCACGACUGAUCAGGGAUCCAUAUAUGUUUCCCAGCUCAGUUUGCAAUCCGUGAAAUAAGGAGAUGUAUCAGCAGGGGGGGAAAAGGAAGAAGAAUAAGCUUAUGUGUAACAGUUAGAAUUAGUUCUGGAGGAAACUGGGAUCAUAUAAUCGUAUUUGACUCUAUAAUCG